AUGCCGAUACGAUGGUAUCAAGCAAAGCUGGCAAAGCGGCCGCUAUUGACUCAGUCCGUUACCACCGCUGUGCUUUUUGCCGCAGGCGAUACGCUUGCCCAGCAGGCUGUGGAGCGGAAAGGACUAAGAAACCACGACGGCGCUCGGACGGCUCGAAUGUGCUUGUACGGCGGCUGUGUGUUCGGACCGGCAGCCACCAAGUGGUAUUCCUUCCUGCAAAAGCACAUCAACUUUCAAUCACAUAACGGGACGAUAUUGGCGCGGGUCGCUGCAGACCAGGCGAUCUUUGCGACAUGCAAUCUGGCCUUCUUCCUCUCGAGCAUGUCGGUAUUGGAAGGAAGUGAUCCCAAAGAAAAACUCGCGAAAAGUUACCUUCCUGGGCUCGUGGCAAACUGGUCGAUAUGGCCGGCAGUCCAGGCUGUGAAUUUCAAGCUGGUGCCUCUUGAGCAUAGAGUUCUGGUCGUGAAUGUUGUGAGUCUUGGCUGGAACUGCUAUUUGAGCUAUCUUAACAGCUCAAAAUGA